AUGCCUCCGACUGCUGGAACAUUUUCAAUUCCAGCCACACAGACCGCUGUUAUGCAAUAUCCGGCCAGCAACGCUCCACUCUACAACGAGAAUUCCGGGCGCCUCAAACGGAAACGUAGCCCGAGGGAGCUUCGUGGGGUCAGUUUGAUGGGCGACGAGCUGGUCCUCUCUCAAACAGCUGGAGAAAUCAGUAUGAAACUGAGUGCUUUGGCAAAUCAACUCUCAAAUGACCCUGCCGAGAAUCAUGCUUAUCAGCUACGAAUGUAUCCAUAUACGCUCGAGCGGGCAGCUCGGCUCAACAUUGCAAUGGUGGAUUAUGACAAUGCCCUCUCACGCGCAGAGCAGGCUUACAAUGACGAGAAGACGCGUGUAGAGGAGGAAUGGGUGAAUGCAAAGGCGAGACUCCGUACAAGACUACUCGAAGGCAUUGAAGAGCGGAGACGACGAGCUCGAGAGGAAAAGGAUGCAGAAACCGCGACUGGUGAGCUCAUUAUGGAUGCACAAGCACGGCCACAUAUCACUCGCAAAGUCAAGGAGAAGAUGGUCGCAGCGGGCAAUUCCUCCCCUCGGCCAACCACGCCUUCAUUGACCAGUAUUGACCAUACACUUCGUGUCGAUGACAUCACCACACCGUUUCCUCUUGCGCUCUCUUCUGUUCAACUACCUCCUCCUUUGACCCCGGCUCCUCCUGUUGGUGGAAGGCGGAAGGGCAAAGGAGGAGGUCAGGCGCAGGCUUUAAUCGCAAAGGGCCUACCCUCAUGGCACCAUCUCACUGAAGUCAAAGAGUCGGAGAAGGAUAUGGACCUGGGUGAGAUUCGACGAGCAGCCAAGAGGAAACGAGGAAAUGUACGGUGA